GCCACCUGUCAGUGUCCAUCAAUGCCAGCUCUCAGUGCUCAUCAAUGCCACUUGCCAGUGUCCAUCAGUGUCACAUCAAUGCCACAUAUCAGUGCCUACUAGUGCAUAUCAAUGCCACAUAUCAGUGCCCAUCUGAGCUGCCUUUCAGUGUCACCCAUCAGUGCCAGGCAGUGCCACCUAUCAGUGCUGCCAAUCAGUGCUACCUAUCAGUGCUGCAAAUCAGUGCCACCUAUCAGUAUCCAUCAGUGCAGCCUAUCAAUGCCCAUCACUGCAGCCUCAUUAGCGCACAUCAGUGAAGGAGAAAAAUCACUUAUUUACAAAAUUUUAUAA